AUGGACCACUCGCAUCAUUUCGGGGGCGAGAUGGCCGGUGGGGCGGGCUCCGGGGGCGGGGGUGGAAUGCACAACAUGCACAUGCACGGCAUGCCCGUGGCCUUCGAGUGGGGUCACCGCGUCACCCUCUAUUUCGACUCGUGGGCCACCGAGACCCACUUCGACUACAUCGUGGCACUCCUCUUCAUGUUCACCCUGUGCGUCAUGCAGGAGGGACUGUACUACCUGCGGACGUUGCCCCCGAAGGUGAGGGCACAGACGACUGAGGAGAUCGAAGGCGUUACCGCGCCCAUCCUGCCCGCGCCGUACAAGACCCCGGCCUUGCGACGACGACUCUGGGGCACCGCAUUGUACGCCCUGAAUCUGUGUAGUAGUUAUCUCAUCAUGCUGGCUGUGAUGACGUGCAACGGCGGGGUUUUCCUCACCGUGGUGUUGGGGCUGAGCGUGGGUCAUUUUUUGGGCAAGUCCAGGCGCCCGAUCGCCACGGGGAUGGGGGAAUCGUCGGAGGCCUGCUGCAUAGAGGGCCAGUGA